AUGUUAUGGCACGUAUCCUCCCUCACUUUCUUUCAUUCCCGCUUAUACUCUCUUCAGAUCCGCCACCUUCAAUCCACACUAUCCCUCAGGUCUAGAACCCGCUUGACUCUAUAUAUCCACGACCUCUACCUCUCCUCCGCUCCCCAUCACCGCUACUACCACGUUCCCCUCCAUGACAUCAACCAGUACAUAACAGCAUACAUCGACGCUUGGGCAGAGAGUGUCACUGAACUCUUUAGCGGCAAUCUCAUGAAACCCUCCUUCGACGUCCUUCUCUUCACCUCCCAUCUCGCAAGGUUUUUCGGCUCCAGAGGCACCGUACUGCUUUUCAUCAAUUAUUGUGUUACUGCCAAGAUCCUCCGCGCUGUAACACUUGCUUUGGGUUGUCUUGCAGCUGUGGAAGACCGUCUGGAGGGUCAAUAUAGAGCCGGUGUUGGACGUGUCGGGAGAGAGAGCGAAGAAGUCGCGUUAUACGAUGGAGGCGUACUGCGAACGGGAUAUCCUCACGAGAGCAUACUUGCGAUUGACCAAACAUGUGAAUUCGAUAUACAAGGAAGCGCUCUCGUGGUGCGGGUGUUAUGGAUGGAGAGUAAGGAAAAGCGUGGACGACAGCAGAAGAGUGACAUGGAUGGGAUCGUUUCUGCCAGGACGGAAGCCUACAUCUCCAACCGCCACCUUCUCCUCUCCCUCGCAGACGCAGGUGGGAGACUCAUGUGCGCAUAUAAAGAUCUGCAGGAGGUUGCUAGGUUGACGGGGCGGGGCGGCCUUCUGACGUUGAAGUGGGCUAUGCCUGAAGACUAUGCUAUCGAAGGACAACAAAGACCUGCUGUGCUACUGCCUCCGGCUGCUCUAACAACGCUCGCUCGGCUAAACCCGGCCCAAACACCGCCAAACCUCUCUCUACUCUCACCCUCUGCCUAG